AUGAGAAGAACAACUCUUGGAACUCUAAAUAUUGGAAACCAAGGUAGGCAAGUUGCCCGAGAAAAGAAAACUUCUCUUGGGGCGCGAUCCUCAGUCGGAAAUAGGACUUCUUUCGGGCGUCCUUCGUCGACCUCUGGGCGAAAUUCUCUUGCGAACCCAAGAUCCGCAACGGGCAGGUAAGCCAAGUGUGUUUUCAACUUUAGCCUUUUAUAUCUUGUUAUUUUCCGUAUUCUAAGAUUUGUAUUCGUGAGGAACUCUUCAAAGAGUGCUUCUGCAUUUGGUCAGUGGUUAGCAAUGAUAAUCUUCUCGUAUUAUAUUGACUGUUUAACGAAUCAUUCUUGAAAUCUUUCAGGAGGCCUUCCAGCCAGUAUGGAAGAGAGAACUGUGUACAGAUGAAAGAUCCGAGACCGCUCUCUGACAGAGGUGAAUGCAUCUAUUACUAUUGUUGCUGUAGAAAAUUCUUGAAAUGGCGAAAUUUGAAAUGUUCAAGCUAGGCUAGGAACUUGAAUUAGCAAAUUGAAUUAAGCUUAAGUAUGGCUGGAUUUUUUUCACCUCACAGGCUAUCAGCAAAAGAUGAUUCGAUAUCUCAUGGAGGUACGUUGUAUAAGUCUAUUUGUAUUGGCUGUUGACAAUCUUAUUGGUUCGUGUUGUGGAAAAGGAUACCAGGUUUUAUAAGUUCCAAUUAUGUGGAUUUAAUUUAUAACUAGAAUGAACAUUUAUAGGACUUCACUUACUAUUGUGAUGGUCACUGAUCCCAUGCGGUUUCUUGGUUGAUCAAUGUGUCUAUAUUAAGACAGCCAAUAUUAUCUUUACUUUUGUAGUUUCUAACAGAGUUCAACUAUCCACAUCAAAUUUCCAUGAGAAUCCUAAGUGCACCCUCUAUGAAAGAGUUCUGCAAUAUUUUCCAGGUGAUUAUGUAGACAGUCUACGUUGUACAGGUAGCUUGUCAAAAGGACAAUGCAAUCACUUCUUCUGUGUGUGAUAAAUUUUUAAAUUAAAUCUCUAUAAAGUUUGAACAGAUGUGAACAAAAAAUUUACAGUGCAUUGUGCAGUCUAAAAGGCUUUUUUUUAUGUGAUCCUUGCUGAUCUGUCUGUCUUGAUCCAGGGAUCAAAAAAAGCCCUGUCCGGUCGUCAGGACAAGCAGAUUUUCUACCGCCUGGGCAAGUAACUUUUAAACUCACUUGCCCAGUGGGCAAUGGUCUAAGCAAGUGAUCUUCUACCUAAAUCAUUAACUAAGAAGAGCAAGAAGUGGCCCUGGGCAAGCAAAAUGCGAGAGCUGUUUGCCCAAAGGACAAGCUGGAAUGAAGUUUUUUUCAAGCCCUGUUGAUUGAGCCUUGAUUACAAAGAGUGGUAAAAUCGACAGCCAUAAGCCAGGGAUUUCCCUCAGCUACCAUGAAAGUUGUUAUCUGAGGUAAGAUUUCUGUAUAACCCCAUACAUUUAUUAUGCAUGCAGCAAUUUCAUACUUUUUUGCACAAAUUUUUUAAUAUAAAUGGUAGAGUUGAAACUUGAAUGCAUAAUAAAUCAAUGGGGUUAUACAGAACUCUUACCAUCUCUGAUUGUUUAAUUCCCACAGUCCACCUACUUGUUGCUUGUACCCAGCAUCACAAUGACUGCCCUGACAUUGCAUAACAGGAUUCUUACUACUGAUCUGUUUAAUUAAAUAUGUGGGAUUUGAUUUUACUUGCAUUAUCAAUAGUUUUUGUACAAGUACAUCAAAGCAGACAGCCAGAAAGCUACAGUGCUGGAUAAACCUGCAGAAGAAAUCCCUAAGUUUUUCAAGAUGAUGGGGUAUGUAGUUCUUGUCAAAUAAAAUAAAUUUUCUAGUUCAUUGUCACAAAAUCUAUUGAAGUCAGAAUUUCGAAGCAAUAAUACCCUUCUCAAUAAUAAUAGGUCUCUGAAUAAAAAAGGCCAUGGCGUUGCUUCAUUUUUUAUCCUGUUAUGAGGUAACUUAGGAAUGCUUUAUCUUUGCAUAUUUUUAGGUAUCCUUUUAGUAUUUCAAAGAGUAAUUUGCACUCAGUAGGCAGUCCACAUGCAUGGCCUAUCAUACUAGGAGCACUGUGCUGGCUUAUUGAGCUAAUCAGGGUAUGUAUACCAUAAUUACACUGGAAAACCAACACUUAUGAGUUUUUCUCAGUUUUUUGGAUUUGACAUUGGUUACAUGAUAACUGUCUGUGAAAUCAAGGUAAAAAUGUUUUUACCUUGUACUGUAGAUGUUUCAUUAUUCAAGAUUUAGGGCCCUUGACAAAAACUGGAUUUGUCAGAAAAGAUCAACCCCUACCACCCUAUAUCAUAGCAGCCUUCUGUAUUUCAGUUGACUACAAUGUUGAUCUGAUUUGGUUCAAACCAGCUGUUGUUGUUGUUGUAAUUUUGAAGGCCAAGAUUUGUCGUUUUAGAGGAAAAUGAGAGAAUUUAUUUGUAAUUUUCUAACAGGGGAGUCAAAAAUUCUUCAUUUAAAGAAGUGGGAUCCAGUAAGAAAAUUGUGAGCACUAAUAAAGUACUAACACCAAUAAAAUCUUACAGCUUGCGAUGAGUGUUGGUCAGGACAUUCAGGGAAAUCUUAUGUUCCCGGAGGACACCUAUGAAACAGGACAAUACCAAGAGGAUGGACCAAAACCUGAGGACAAGGUAUAUAAUACAACUGUUUUAGUUGAAAUUCUCUUUAUAGAGACCCCUCUUGUCAUCUUUAGACAAUUUAAAACCUUGAAUUGCAAUAAUUUUACUCCGUCUUCAAUGUUCUCUUUCCAAAAAAGGGUGGCCCACAAAACGAAAAGCUUUGUAUACAUAUAUAUUCAUUCAUUUCUGUGUGAGAAUCAGAUUGGAUAACAACUUGUGUAUUUUUAAAACUUUUAUGUGACUUUUAAUUUAUUUUAAUAACCUUCAAGGAGGGUAAGAAGUGUUGCUUCAGGCGGUAAAUUUUACUGGUUACCUCCUAAUAAGAAGAACAAUGCAGAUAGCCCUUACUCUUAACUUGGGAAUCCAGGCUAGGGUACCCAGGAUAUGAUUUCUAUGCAAGAACUGAGAUUUCCUAGUAAAACCCGAAAGCACUUUAGUAGGCUGCCAGAGUCCUCCAGACCCUGCUAGAGUACAUCCCUAUAUACACACUGGCCGUCAACAAAAUGAUACUUGUAUCACUAAUACACACCCUUACCACUUAAGCAUCAGAGAACGAGGCCUAAGGGCCACCAGAUUUCCCGCAAACUUCCAAAAAAAGUGAAUAGGGUGGCCAAAACAAGAAAAAGUUGUGAUUUAGAGAUUAAAAAUUAACCCAAAGAGAUAAUUCCUGGAGCAGUUAUGGUAAAUGAAUGUGCAUUGGAAAGUGGACAGUGGAAAAACUCACCUUUGGCAAGGAUCCUCAUUGGAAACACAUAGAAAGUCAAGUCUUUCCUAUUGUAGGAACAAUUACAGAUGUAUCAGAAAGCACAGCAUUUGAGAACUAUUUUUUUUUGUAGUUGUAGGGCGCACUGCUGCCACUUUUUACAAUUUAAUUGCAAGGUGGCCCUAAGCUUCGAUUUCAUGCUUAUGUCAUAAGUGUGUUUAAAGAUGAAUUGAUAUUCUUAUGUAAGACUUCAAAAAAGGUAAGGUUUUAGUUUCUCAGAGAGGCACUGAUCAACCGAGCGCCUUUGACAGGCUUGUACAUCUUUCAAUUUUCACAGAUUGGCAGGCUUGUACAUCUUUCAGUGUCACAGAGAGGCACUGAUCAACAGAUUCCCCUUUGAUCUCUCUGUGGAGCUCCUUUCAGCUCCCAGAAUUGUUGCACCUUCAACUCUGAAAUAUAAGAUUUAAUGCCUGUUAGGGACUAUUCACAUGAUAUUAGCUGGCAUGACUUUUAUUCUGAAAUGAGUUCAUUCCAUCUUCAUUUAUUUUUUUGUAUUUGUUUACAUGAUACUGAAGCGUCAUUUAGUUCCUGUUCAGUUUAUUCUGGUUUUCAGUCGGAAUAGAACUCUCAUUCUGGUGUGAAGUUUCCUUCUGGUAUCAUGUAAACUGAAAACAAAUUUCUUUCUGGAUUGAAAAUUGCAAAUCGUAAGUUGGUCACAAGUGGAGCAUAUUUUGAUUGGCAUGAAAACCACUUGGGGAGAACGUCUAAGGCUGAGCCAGACAAUUUUAUCAUAUGAAUGAAGUACAAACUUCACUCUGGAAUGAAAGUCAUUUUGGUAUCAUGAAAACAGUCUUUUAGGGCCGGGGAAAAUUGGUGCCAUUUCUUUUACUUUUUCUCAAGUCUAUUAAUUUAUUUGUUUUCUUUUUCAGUACUUUUUCAGUUAUCUUGAGAAAAGUUAUGCAGCUUUCAUGAUGGGUCAAGAACUUGAUGAACUUGGGGAGUAUGACCAAGAGUUCAUAGAAAACAUCAGUAAGUGUUUUUAAAAAAUACUUUUGCCACACUUUUAUCUGAUUGCUUAAAGUACAGAUGUAUCAUAAUUUCUAGCUUCACUUAAUUACAUGUUUGAAAGAAGGAGUGAAUUGUAAAUACAUGUAAGCCCCUCAGGUGAUAUUUAGCAGUUAUUCCUCGAGCCCAAAUGAGCUCUGAGUCAAUAGCCCAUGAGGCCGAAGGCCGAAUGGGCUAUUGACUCAGAGGCCAUGAGGGCGAGAGGAAUAAUAACUGUUUUAGUAAAAUCCAACUAGUUGGUCAAAAAUACCGAGAAUAAAAAAAUUUUAGCUAGUUAAAGCUAGACUUUGAUCCUUUUUUGCCUCCAAAAAGCCCGAGCUUUUUGCUACUAGGGGGCUAUGCCUAUAACAUAUAGCCUAGUAGUAGCUGUACCAAUCAGAACACAGCAUUGAUAAUAGGCACUAGUUGGAUUUUACUAAUAGUUAAUAGUCAUAUCUUCUACAAUAAAAUUACUGUAAUUUUAACUGUAUGAGGCUACGUUCACACUGCACUGUUCAUUUUUUUUUUUUGCUCUGUUUGGACAGUCACGAACUUUGAAAGGCUAGGUGUCGAAAUUUUUCUUCUGUUUUAACGUGGUUCUGUGUGAAUAAAGUUUUAACUGGUCGAAAAUUUUUCCAGUGUUGUGUGAUAGCCUAAGGGUAAGAUACAUUGGGGUCAAAUAUUUUCUUAAGAUACUAAAGGCAUGCCCAAAAAAAUUGCAAAUAGUAAACACCAGGUCUGUAGUGUGAGAGACUGUGAUUCAGUUUGACAUUCAAGAAACACAUUUGUGAUAUGCCAUUAACUAUUAUUAUUUUGGUUUACUUUUCUUAACAGGAUUAAGGAACGCUGAUGCACUUGAUGGUAUUAAACUUUAUGUAUAAUUGUUAAAUAAUUGGGCAGUGGUGAGGUGCAGCUUUGACUGUUCACAACCUUUUGAUAUCUCUAUGCAAACUGAGAGGAAUGUAGAAAACGGUGCUCCCAUUAGAAAGUUUGUUUUAUGAGUCAAUUUCAUGAGUUGUGAGUCAAGUUAUGAGUCAGGUUAGGGUUUAGGAUUUGGACUGAUCUUUUUAGAUAAAAAGCGACAAAGUUACGAAAAAAAAUAAGAAAAAAAUUGUGCGUAUGCGUAAUAAGAAUAAUCAGUCCUUAACAUUCUCUCAUAAGGUAAUAACAAGUUUUCUUGUUAGAAACUAUUUUUAUACUGUGAGAUACAUGACUCAUUUACAUGUAACUCUCUGCUCGCAGCCUUUUGCUCUCAACCUUGUUAUGCAUGUCCAGUUUAAUUAUGUGCCAUUUGAUUAAAAAAAAAACAGGAAAUAGAAGGUUGUUAACAGUGCAGCAGUGAGCGCUAUUAAAUUACGGGUGAUUUGACUAUUAUAAUUUGGUAACCUUCCUGAUCGACAGACAGCCCAAGCCUGAGUUUAAUAAUGAUUUGUAAUAGUAAAAUUUGUAAUUAUUUUUCUGUCAUAUGGGAAGACUGGGACUUACAUGCAAAAUUCAGGACUAGGUUGCAAAAUCUGAUAUGCCCAGAUUGAUUAGCCGGUUAAAAAAAUUAUUGCCUGAACAUUCAAAAUAUUUCUCAGUUUUCGAUUGGCUAUAAUCCCACCUCUAAUUCUUCAUAAACAGGUAGCAUGGAUGAAAUUUGGAAGAUGUUUGCAAAAUGACAUCUAGUUCAGUGGAAUCUGGAUAAUGUGUUCACCAAGGAGACAUGCCAUAGAGUGUCUGUGUAAUCUGGGUGUUCAUAUAAAUAUUAUCACAGACACAUGACUUCGUUUUAUCAGGAGACAUUCUUACAAUACAUGUACAAGAAAUAUUGUUUAAUGUCUUAGUAGUAACUGUAACUGGUUCAUCAUAAACAAACCUCAGAAUGAUUCACCAUAGUCUCAGACAAAAACUCCCUUUCAAGUAUAUUUUGUAUUGAAAUAAAACAAUCAGGAAUCUGUAACUUUGCCUUCUACUGACACUUUGAGUUUGUGACUCAACCGGGUGGACUGAACAUUAGACAGAACUUUGGAAAGUUCAUUCGCUGUAUCUGGAAGGUUUUCAUACUAGUUAAAAUAUUCAGUCGUAGACAGUGCACAGAUAAAAAGUGUCCAUAAAGCGAGGUUGAUAGAAAUUAAUGUGGGAAAAUUUGUGUCUCAGGACACGAAAAGUGUCUGUUGCCUGUAUUUGCCACGGUAUUUUUAGAGAAAAUAUAUGAGCUUUUCGUUGAGACAAGCAAAACUGUCCAUUAUAAAUGGGUGCCCAUAUUAAGUGGAUAUCUCUAGAGCAGGGUUCCACUGUUAAGGGAAAUACCAGAAAAAAAAGAUUCUUUUUUUCUUUUAGGAAUGGAAGAAUUAAUGAAAGAAAAACUUUCAUUGGAAGAAGAAUUGAAUGCUUUGAAAAGUGAUUCUGUAAGUACAAAGUUUGUCCUAGUCUCAUGAGCAAAGCUUUGUGAAUUGGUCCUUUCCAAAUUGCUUUCAGCCCCCCCGGGGGGGGGAGAGUCCUCCCUCAUGUGAGCCAUAUAGGAAGGUGCCUCCCCUAAGGGUAUGGUUUUGUGCUGUUUUGGUCUGGAAUCAGGUCUGGUUUUUGGGGAGCUACAGGAGUGUAUGAAUGUAUUUGUUAUUUCAAUUCCAAAUGAACAGAAAAAGAAAGAGUAAUAAGCGAUUUCAACAUGGAUUUUAAGAAACGUUUUGUUGGCGUUAUAAUCAAAUUAACGAUGACAUAAUUUCUGCCUAUGCCAGGUCUGAAUGAAAACGGGUGUGGAAAAUGGCCUAUAUUGGUCUGAAAUAGGGCGGGUCAGGAUUUGGAGGGCCGGGUUUUAAAGCAAGGCUAGGUGCGAAGCCAUUGAAAUGGGAAUGAUUUUUUAAUCUCAUUAAAAAAAACUCACUUUCAUAACAAAGGUUUUGCACUUAGCCUGGUUUUGAAAGUGAGUGACUUGGAACUCAGAAAUGGCGGGCCCAUUUUUGUUUAAAUGUAGACCUCACUGAAGAAGUGUAAUAUGAUUGUUUUCUUUCAGUCGCGUCUGCAAACACUGUCUGACAGAAAGGCAACAUUAGUCUCUGACAGGUAAGAAACCUGGAUUAGGCAAGCAACAGGGAUCCUAAUAUUUUAACUAAAUUGGGCAUAGCAUCCCUUAUGUUAGGCUGGUUUUCACUAGCGACGGAGGCGGAGUCGCAAUCGUAAGCGGAGUCGGGAGAGCGCUCAUGACCUUUUAAGAAUCAGAACUCAUAGUCGUAAGCAGAUUCAUAAGCGCGACGGAGUGGGAGUCGAAAGAUUCAGAACGUUUCCAUUUUUUUCCGACUCUGUUCAUGACCCUUUCGUUUACGAUCUGGUGAAAACCAGAUUGUUGGAGUCGGAAGCAGAAGCGGAAGAAUAAACCAAUCACAAUCCACGUUCUGGGUUCACUCGCUUAAAUGUGAUUGGUUUAGUUGUUCCGCUUCUGCUUACGACUCCGACGACGUAGUUUUCACUAAAUGGUAAACAACGGAGUCGUAAGCGGAAUCAGGACGCUGUUGUCAUUAGACCGUAAAGUCUAACGCUUCCGACUCUGACUCCGCCACUAGUGAAACCAGCCUUUACAGAGCAUGCCCUGUAUGAUACAGUGACAUGGAAUGCCCCCGUUUUCGCCCGUCCACACGUAAACGAGAAGCCGAUGCUUUAAAAAAAGUACUCCCCUCUGGGGAUUUUUUUUUGUAUUAAAGCCAGCAUUUUUGGUGCCCGGAAACGCCGUUUACGCGUGGACGGAAGGCUUAAACGGAGAAAAUAUCUCCGUGGGGAAGAGGCCCCAAAGAAAUGUUGGUAUUUUUCUUGCAGAGAAAAGUUUGUAAACUACAUCGGAGACUUGGGGAAACAUAAGAAACAACUGGAUGAUGUUAAUAAUCAACAGAUGGAGGAAUUACAAGUACUAAGUAAGACCAAGAUGGAGAUUAUAACUGAAAACAACUUUUAGUUUCCAACUUUCUUCUAUCGACCACGUAGAAAAUAAAGCUACGGUAAAACGAGCUGGAAAACGUACAAAUUGUUUUGCGACAUUGCUGCAAAACGCCUUUUUACCACCCACGUUCAAACCUGUCUUGCAACAAAUCAGGUUGUCGGUGCGAAAAGUACCAAAAGGUAGAGAAGUUUACUUUUUGCAACAAAAUCUCUACAUGUUGCACAUUUUACCGGCCCAACAGAAACUCUUUUUCCAUCUAAGCUUGUACACGCGAGGAAAAAACAUAUUCUAACUGGGUGCAAACGUGUCAUGUUUUGCCGCCAAACAUUCGAAGUUUGGAGUACGUGGCUGUUGUUAGUCUCCCUCGCAGCCGUUUUUUUGGAUGUCACGCAACGCUCCCCCAUAACAUCCAAAAAACGGCUGCGAGAGAGACUAGGCUGUUGUCGACUUGAUUCGUUUUCGCUCAACAAAAUAUUCUUGGCGAGAAUUUUUAGACGUUAAGAAUAAUUUCUGGUGGCAAGUGUGCUGUUUCUGAGCGAGAAAUAUGCCAGAAAGUUAAGAAAAAUGAGAUAUGGGCGGAACGCGUUGAUCAAAAACAUAUAAACAACUAAGCUUUGGCGCGACAGUUGCUUUAACGGCUGUCAAACUUCAAAUGUUUGGCGGCAAAACACCUCAUGUCUGGCACCCUAUUAGAACAUGUUUUUUUGUCUCGUGUCCACGCUUAGAUGCAACCGACGGUAGUACCAGUUUUAUAGUAGCACAAGAACAACAUUUUAGCUACAUUAGUUACAUUUUAUCUAUAUAGGAGGCUCCAUUGAUACCAGUACAGUAAAAACCCGCGUAUAAGAACCUAACAUUUAAGAACCUGUUAGGCUAAAAUUUCAUUUUAAGCACCCUUCACAUAAGAACCAUUUUAGGCUAAAAUCCUAAAACAGGUUCUUAUUUUCAAAAAAAAAAAAAAGAAAAAAAAUAUAUAUAUAUAUAUAAGACAUUAAACACCAGAUCAUUUAAAAAUUCAGCUUUAUUUCUUGAACAAAAGUUAAGAACCUAAUUAAGAACCUAGUUAGCCUAAUUUUACACUAAAUACAAUUUAUAAAAGAACCUGUUUAGGCUACCUUGGAAAAACCUAGGUUCUUAUACGCGGGUUUUUACUGUAUUUAAAAAGGUUCGUUUAACUUUUCGUGUAUUGGGAAUUACUUGUUGCGUAUAUUAAAGCAUCCACUCGCGGGACAUUUUUUCUUUUUGCAAAAAGUAAAACUGGGCUGGCCCUCUACUCUCAAUAUAAUGAGCAUUGUAUCUUAAAAGUACACAUUAUUAUUUAAUGCUGAUUUGCGGUAUCCAUUAUUUUACAGAGGUGGAACAAGACGCUGCGAUGGAGGAAAAUUCAAAGCUACAGGUGAAAGUUGUACAAUUAUUUUUAAGUCAUCGAAAAAGAUGGAAAAGUUUCCCUUCAGAAGUUAUUUCUUUUCUUUAGUAAUAUUAACCAGUGAUAUUGUGUUACCAAAAUUAGCACAUGAACAACGGCUUUUGAGCGGCAAAAAGACCUUGUUCCGAGAGCCAAAUUAAUGGAAACGAGGGGAAGGUCACUGAAAAAUGAAAAUUGCAAUAUCGCAGAAUGUUAAGUUUGUUCAAACUGAGAGUCAAUGUUAUUACCUGUCGGAAAUGUUUAGACUUUGUGACUCAGUGUCCGAGUAAAACCAAACUCGGGGCUACGGAUAUAAAAAAAACUGUCCUAGACGUAGAAUUUAUAAAAACUAGAGCAGAUUUUUCGGGAUUCAUCAUUUUGGUACUCCGGAAUUGGUUUCCCGGCGUUCCCCGAAGAUGUGUAAAUCGGAAACAGAAACGUCCCGGUUUGGUCGCGUCCUCUGCCGGAGAUUUUGAAUCCGGAAUCUAAAAUAAAUACUUGGUAUCCGAAUGAAUGUUCUCGGAUUAACUGAUGAGUGUAAAGACCUGUGAAUCUUUAGCCUGCGUAGCAGGCGCUGGUUUACUCCACGCGAGGGGAACACGCAAAGGAGAGAGAAGGCAGCUCUCCUUUAAUAAUCUCCUGUCCUCCUUUCUCCCUCUUGCGCGAGAUUGUCCUCGAGAUUUCUCAGUUCGCCCCGAAAACAAUAGGUGCCGGCUAGGCAGGGCUAGCGAAUUUGAAUCCUUUAAAAUGAAAUGAAUCUCCCCUGCUGCCAGUUUCGUACAGGUCAUGGAAAACUUGGAAAGUCGUGGAAUUGAAGAAUUUCAUUUUCAAGGCCUGGAAAGUCAUGGAAUUUAAUUGUCGGUCUUUGAAAAUCAUGGAAAAUUAUAGUUUUGUUUGGUAGAUUAGUUACUGCAGAUGACAAAGCAAGGGUGAGGUAAGAUAAAGAGGAGAAAUUAAAGAGCGCGAACGGCACGCAUUUUGGUAGAUACCAGAGUUUGUUUUUGUUGAACUGUUUAAGGUAAAAGAAAUAUGGUAAAACAAGUGAAGUUUUAAAUUUUUCAAAAAAGACAGCUAAAGCACAGGUUAUGGAAAACUGGAAAAGGUCAUCGAAAAAGUCAUGGAAUUUGAAGAACUCAAGAGUACGAACCCUACCCUGGUUUAAACCUAGCGUUAAGAACGGACUCGCAAGUCGACCAAUGGAUCUCACUAGUUCCAGCUGACAUCCGGUAAACAAAAUGUUGAUAAACAUUUAUUAUUUAUUUUCCAGGAAACUCUUAACAACCAGGAGUUAAGUGCGGCUGAUGUGGAGAGAAUGAAGCUGGAGAAAAAGGAAUUACAAAAAGCUGUAGAACAACUGGGAAAAAGUCGUGAUUAUUUCGAUCAACAAAUCUGGGAAAAGGAGAUGCAGUACGCCAAGAAAUACGAAGAGGUAGGAGAAAUACACAAGUCAUAAAGUAUUGGAUCUUAAUUUUUUUGUUUCAAAUCGGUGGUUGUAACUUUUGUUGGAAUUGUGGGUUGAAUUUGUUUCCAUUCCAUUUUGCGUCACAGUUUUGGUUCGGUCAAAAUUUUUCAUAAUCUGUGGAAAGCCGGUCGGACAUGCAUUGCCCUCUGUUUCGUAUAAAAAGUGGGUCGGUCGGACGGUCGGGCAGAAAUUCGAAAGUAGAAGGGGCAGUGAUUAUGUUACAAAUACUUAUGGUCAGUCCUGGAACUCACCUUUUGAAAAAUCACGAGUCCCUGGUCAUAACCAAUGAGUCCCAGUUCAAAAAAGGAGUCCUGAAUUGAAAAUGCUUGGGCCUUUAUGGAGAACUGAAAAAAAUGUGCAUCUUUUGGACAACAGCCACAAAUCACAUGAACAUGAUAUUCGACCAAAAAAUCUUCAUAUCGAUCGAUUGUUCUUUGGAUCCUACGGGAGGCAUGCCACAAAUUAUUUUGCGUCUUUGGGGAUUUUUGUGCGUCAGGAACGCAGGACGCAGAGGCAACAAAAUCACUUAAGAAUCAUUAGCUAGGCGAGGAAUCACGCUCACGUUGCUUAGACUCCUUUGAUUAAACUCAGACACAGAGAUAAGCGUGAGGGAGGGGAGGUACCUGAGGGGCCAGUGGAGCCAAGGAUAGUCUUGCUCUUGGUGAGUGGAGCGGCUGUUUUCUCAGGCUAGUCAUUUAUAUAUAAAGAAGUUUUUAAAACAACAACAACAACUUGAAGUAACAUACAGAAAAAGUGCCAAAUGAAGGGUGAUCAGCCAAACAGAGAAUGAGAAUUUAUAACGGAUUUUAUCUUUAGUACGUAUCUUUAAUAAACAUAAUUAAAACUACUAGUUAAGGGUUUUUACUCUACAUUAUCAAACAAUUUUUGUUGCUUUCUCACUUUCAGACUGAGAAACAUAUUCAGGAAUACAAUAAAAUGGCCAGGAAACUGAAGCUUAUUCCCUCCACAGCUGAACAUGCAAAUGGCAUCGAUUUUGAGAUGCAUUUUAAUCCACACACACAAAGACCGGAUCAGCGAACCCACGUGGACUUUAAAGGAACAAUUAAGGUAUUGUCUGUCCUUACUGAGAUUGAGAGUUGUCCACUCAUUCGGUUCUUUUUUUUGUCACUGCUGCUGGGCUCGAGAAACGCUCGAAUUCCAGUUGUUUCUUGCACAAGCAGUUCUCUCAUUUUGUUUGUCCAGGGCCAUUGCUUGAAUGUCUUAUUUUUAAUAAAGCGUUUUAAUUACAAGAUGGCUGACUUAGGACAAGUGAGCUCGUUAUACAGCUUCUUGCCUAGCCUGGGGCCAGGUACCGUAAUGGGUGAAAAUGGCAAAAAAUCGAGGUGUAAAAGCAAAACAAAAGGCGAGUGAACCGAUCCGAGGGGUGUAAUGAGCCCUUUCCUAUCCCAGACUCCCAGUUGCCUUUUUUCCCGCCACUGCCAAGCCUGAUCUUUGGCUACUUCUUGCCCAGCAAGAAAAUUAAUUUUUCCCGAACGAUCGCGUCUUGAUUCGAGCCCUGUUCGUGUGUUUUUUGGAACGAGGGAAUGCUUAAAACUAAUCCCACGUCAGAUAAAAUCAAUUCGUGUUCUUUGAAACUUCAGUUAAUUGCAACAGCGUUUGUCAAUUGUAGACGUUGUUCAUUAACAUGAUACUGGAAAUUUCACGUCUUAGCCAAAGAAAUACACGCAAACAGUGCUAUGCAGAUACAGAGUUUUUGUUUUGUUUUCGUAGGACCAAACUUUCCGGAAACGUUUUUGACAAGAGCAAAUGGAUAACAAAAAUGGUCACAAAUCUUUGGAAAUGAUUUCGGAAGCGUUCAGGCAAACCAUUGUACUGAGAAUUCUUCUGUAUAUUACAAGUCGAAGAAAUUUUUUAAAAUUUUGGUAAGCCUGUGGGGUAAAACUUUUUUCUUUUGUUUUCGUAAGUUUCAGAAAACCGAGAAAACAAUUAUUUCAUUCGCUUCCUGGAAUUUCGGAACAAUACUGAAAGCUGUUGUUGCUCUCGUCGUCAUUGAACCGACUAUUUUAAAAAGUUUGCAUACCUUGUUCGUGCUAUGCAACGCGCCACCGUCAGUUCUGUUAAAGAGCUGUUUUUAUUCGAAAACUUUGGCUAUUUGUGUGUUAUUUCUAUCAGUCAUUAAGACGCAUGCAGUCUACACGCAUUAAAACGUACUGAGAAAGUUUGUUAUUUUUCUACAGCCUGCGUUGCUUCGCCUUAAGCAACAAAUGAGUGAAAAAAGUCGUACUAUCCAGUCUCAAAUCAUCACUGAGGAGGAAGCAGUUGACCAGGUAAAAAUACAGCUAUUCCUUUUCUUAAACAAAAAGGAAAAUGAAUGUAUAAUUGACAAAGUAAUCGUUAAAAAGUCGAAUAAGGGUAAAACUUAUUGUCACCGAUUGAAGUAGAAUUGAGUUCUGCGCGCCUCCUGAGGGUAUAGACUCAUAACAAUUCGCUAAUAUACUAACUGUAGUUGUGCUUAUUCUGUUUUACUCCAAAGAACCCAUUGAAUCUUUUUGUAUAAUUGAUGGAAUUUUCCAAUUGAACAUGGAAUUAUUUCGAGCAAUACAGAUAUUUUGGUGUCUAAUUUAUUGAGGCGAAGAGGCCGAAAUUGCCAACACUACUGAAACUCUAAAUUAAAUGUUUUUUUUUUUUUCAGAUAAGUGACAUGGUGUUAGAGAAAAAGGAAGAAGUAACAGCGCUAGAGAUGAGGUUGCAAGCGUUGGAUAAGGAUUUGGAUUGGAAGAAAGAGGUAACGGUUUUUUUGCAAUAAAGAGUUACAGUGGAACCUCUCUUUUGGGGUACCGCUAUUCAAGGGACACCUCCAUUCAGGGGGCACAAAAUUUGGUCCCGGGGAAAAUCUUCAGAUAAUCUUUGUUUUUGUUAUCUCUAUUGAAGGGACACCUCUAUCCAAGGAGAGAGGCACUUUUUUUGGGUCACGAAACCCGGAUUUAAACUCUAUUCAGGGGACACCUUAGCCCUCAAAAAGUGACUGACCACAAAAGAUCGUUAUAACAUCGAUAAGUUGAUCAUGAUUUUUUAUACAUUAUCUAGCUUCUUGAAAUAAUGACUGCAGCAGAUUCUAAGGCGGAAUAAUGGGAGAGCAUUUUAUUUUUUAGUUUUAACUUAUCCUAUUAUUCCGCCUUGGAAUCUGCUGCAGUCAUUAUUAAAAUUAUUAACAAACCCCAACCCAACCUCCAUUCAGGUGACACUUACCUUGGUCACGAGGGUGUCCCCUGAAUAGAGGUUCCACUGUAUAACGAAGUCCUUGGUAAAACGAACAAUUUUCUUUACCCCUUAAUAGUAAAAUAUAUGGAAAGAACCUCGAUAUAACGAAGCCUCUUUAUAGCGAACAUAUUUUCAGUCCCUUGGCACUUCGUUAUACUGAGGUUCCACUGUGUGAGCAAACAAAAAAAGCACAAAAAGAAAAAAAAGGAAAAGGAUACUGAACACAAUCUACAGAAGGUAAUUUGUUUUUUGGUUUAGAUCAUGGCAAAGGAGUAUCAGAAAUCCACAGGCAACGCCCAGAGUCUGGAGGAAGGCGUUCAACAAAUGCGAAGCGAAUUACGGGGAAAAGAAGAGGAAGAAAGGGUUUUUACUCUACAUUAUCAAAACAAUUUUUGUUGCUUUCUCAUUUUAAGACUGAGAAACAUAUUCAUGAAUACAAUAAAAUGGCCAGGAAACUGAAGCUUAUUCCCUCCACAGCUGAACAUGCAAAUGGAAUCGAUUUUGAGAUGCAUUUUAAUCCACACACACAAAGACCAGAUCAGCGGACCCACGUGGACUUUAAAGGAACAAUUAAGGUAUUGUCUGUCCUUUUUGAGAUUGAGAGUUGUCUACUCAUUCGGUUCUUUUUUUUGUUACUGCUGCUGGGCUCGAGAAACGCUCGAAUUCCAGUUGUUUCUUGCACAAGCAGUUCUCACAUUUUGUUUGUCCAGGGCCAUUGCUUGAAUGUCUUAGUUUAUGAUUUAAAGCGCUUUAAUUACAAGAUGACUGACUUAGGACAAGUGAGUUCGUUAUACAGCUUCUUGCCUAGCCUGGGACCAGGUACCGUAAUGGGUGAAAAUGGCAAAAAACGGGGUGUAAAAGCAAAACAAAAGGCGAGCGAACCGAUCCGAGGGGUGUAAUGAGCCCUUUCCCAUCCCAGACUCCCAGUUACCUUUUUGUUUUCGUAAGUUUCAGAAAACCGUGAAAACAAUUAUUUCAUUCGCUUCCUGGAAUUUCGGAACAAUACUGAAAGCUGUUGUUGCUCGUCGUCAUUGAACCGACUAUUUUAAAAAGUUUGCAUACCUUGUUCGUGCUAUGCAACGCGCCACCGUCAGUUCUGUUAAAGAGCUGUUUUCAUUCGAAAACUUUUGCUAUUUGUGUGUUAUUCUAUCAGUCAUUAAGACGCAUGCAGUCUACACGCAUUAAAACGUACUGAGAAAGUUUCUUAUUUCUCUACAGCCUGCGUUGCUUCGCCUUAAGCAACAAAUGAGUGAAAAAGGUCGUACUAUCCAGUCUCAAAUCAUCACUGAGGAGGAAGCAGUUGACCAGGUAAAAAUACAGCUAUUCCUUUUCUUAAACAAAAAGGAAAAUGAAUGUAUAAUUGACAAAAAAAAACGUUAAAAAGUCGAAUAAGGGUAAAACUUAUUGUCACCGAUUGAAGUAGAAAUGAGUUCUGCGCGCCUCCUGAGGGUAUAGACGUAUAACGAUUCGCUAAUAUACUAACUGUAGUUGUGCUUGUUCUUUUUUGCUCCAAAGAACCCAUUGAAUCUUUUUGUAUAAUUGAUGGCAUUUUCCAAAUGAACAUGGAAUUAUUUCGAACAAUACAGAUAUUUUGGUGUCUAAUUUAUUGAGGCGAAGAGGCCAAAAUUGCCAACACUACUGAAACUCUAAAUUACAUUUUUUUUUUUUUUGUCAGAUAAGUGACAUGGUGUUAGAGAAGAAGGAAGAAGUAACAGCACUAGAGAUGAGGUUGCAAGCGUUGGAUAAGGAUUUGGAUUGGAAGAAAGAGGUAACGGGUUUUUUUGUAAUUAAGGUUUACACAAAUACAGUGGAACCCGUAUAUGACGAACCUCUGUACAGUGUAACCUCUCUUUUGGGGUACCGCUAUUCAAGUGACACCUCCAUUCACGGGGGCACAAAAUUUGGUCCCGGAGAAUGUUCAGAUAAUCUUUGUAUAUGUUAUGGCUCUAUGGAAGGGACACCUCUAUUCAGGGAAAGAGGCACUUUUUCUGGGUCCCGAAACCUGGAUUUAACCUCCAUUCAGGGGGCACCGUAGCCCUCAAAAAGUGACUUACCACAAAAGAUCGUUAUAACAUCGACAGGUUGAUCAUGAUUUUUUAUACAUUAUCUACCUGCUUGAAAUAGUGACUGCAGCAGAUUCCAAGGCAGAAUAAAAGGAAAAUAUUUUAUUUAUUGUUUAAUUGUUAACAAACCCCAGCCCAUCCUCCAUUCAGGAGACAUCUCUAUUCAGGUGACACUUACCUUGGUCCUGUGGGUGUCCGCUGAAUUAUAGAGGUUCCACUGUAUAACGAAGUCCUUGGUAUAACGAACGAUCUUCCUUACCCCUUAACAGUAAAAUAUAUGGAAAAAAAACUCGAUAUAACGGAACCUCUUUCCAGCGAACAUAUGAGUCCUUUGGCACUUCGUUAUACUGAGGUUCCACUGUAUGCGCAAACAAAAAAGAGCAAAAGGAAAAAAAAUGAAAAGGAUACUGAACACAAUCUGCAGAAGGUAAUUUGUUUUUUGGUUUAGAUCAUGGCAAAGGAGUAUCAGAAAUCCACAGGCAACGCCCAGAGUCUGGAGGAAGGCGUUCAACAAAUGCGAAGCGAAUUACGGGGAAAAGAAGAGGAAGUAGAGGAACAGGAGAAAAAACUCAAGGAGCUUAAUUUAAGGUAAAAGUCAAACGCGAAACGUCACCAGCAACAGGGAGCGAUGAGAUGCGGCUGUAUCCGCAGGCAACAAACGUUGGGGGCUCAGCCCAAGCUUAGUAGAAUACCGAAAUACAUGUUCUUUCUUAGCACUAAAGCAAAGAAUCGUUAAGGCAUGGGUAUCCUAUUAAUUAGCCCCAAUUUUGUUCACUUAUUCUGCUUUGCGCGCUUUCGUGUUUGUUUGUUUUUUUAACAGAAAAUCUACAAUAGUUAGUAGGAGAUUUAGAGUCACGGUUACAGCAAACGGCAGAGUCAAGUUGAGACUUCUUGAAUAGAAAAUGAGCUGAUAAAAAUAGUCCGGAACAAUUCUUAUAAUAUGGAUGAAAAUAAUAUGUAACUAAUAUUUUUCUGUAGAAGUGAAGAACAGAGGGAAAACUUGGUCACUUGGUACAAAUUCACAUUUGCCGAAAACGUGGUUGUAAUUGUCUGCCUUCUUUACGUUAAAUGGUUCUUAAAAGCAAUGGAAUGAUAACGCGUUGGGCUGAAUCAGUAACCUUAUGCCAUAUACGAUCUUUUCUUUUUGCAGGACUGAAGAAAGUAGAAUUUCCCGCGAGCAAGAAAAAGAAGAGUACUCUAAUUUUGUCCUGAAGGCCUGUCAGAUGAUAAAAGAACACAAAACUGCCAUACAUGUAAGAGACGUAGAAUAGAUUUUUUUAACGGAGCGUGGGAUAUUUUUAGAUAAUAGUUUUUCAACACAAACUAUCACUGCUCCGAUAGUCAUAAGAGAGGUUAAGAAUCACGUUUACGUCAAACGGCAAACGCGAAAUUGGACCACGUGACCAAGUUUCCUCUUUACUUGUCUUUUACGGUUCAUUAGCUCUACACCUAAAUUAGUAGUUUCACGCAAUUUUUUAUCCAUUAGAAUUGUUUUCAGCUGUUUUUGUCUGCUCAUUUUCUAUUUUGAGAAAUUCUCAACUCGAAUCUGACGUUUGCCUUUCGCCGUAUACGUAAAGCUUAAACUCUCUGUUAGCUGAUUAAUGACUAUAUGCGGAAAGCUCAUAAAUUUAAAAGUAUCCCGCACACUCCAGUUGUAUAGUAUUCAAUUCAGCAGUUGCUCCCUAGCGGGAUACAAUGGGUGGGUUAUGAAAACGAAGUCUAACUUAGAACGCGGUUUAGGAAAUCUUUGGACCUGCAUAAGACAAAUGCUUUUCUAGUCUACGCCAUGUGCUUUCAUGAUACUGUUCACAAUAAAUGGUGCUUUCAUAAAAGCGUUCCGCAAAAUGAAAAUGGCUUAGAACGGGGUUUUGUUAAACACUGGCUUAACUCUGUUCAAAAACCCGGCCCAAUGUGUUGAAGCCCUUUCCACGGACGAUUUACGUUUUAUAUGACGUCACGGCGGCCAUGUUGUUGCGCCGAGCUACCAUCCCAUUCACCACUUUGAAAACGAGAAGGGAAAUGGGCCGAGUUACUUUCGCAAAGACUACCGGGACUGUUACAAGAGAAAGGUUAAAAUAUUGGCCAAUAGCAGACCGUCCCGUCCCAGAAACAUUUGCGGGACACAAUUCGACUCCAGUUCCCGCGAAUGGGAUUUGAGUUCGUAUAGCUGCAAGCAAUGUGAAGUAGAGUGUUGUAUACUACUGGAUUUGCUUAUGUUUCUAUCCUAGCUCUAAACAACGCCAAAGUAUAAGUCGCUUUUCUCAAACUGCACUCACACAACAGGGGUAUUUUAUUUGAACCCCUUUUGUAUCCACAAACUUCAAGCUGGCGAAGAAGUGUCUUUUGUUAAAACGUUCACGGUCAUAAGCCUAACAGACGUCGUCCACGAGCAUUAUAAACCCAGUUUCGGCUCGCCAAUUUGCUUUCUGCUUUUUCUUUAUCUUGCAUUUGUUAUGUUUCAGAAUCGAAUCCAGGAGCUUCAAGCAGAUGCUAAAGAUAUUCUCGAGGAAACGAAGGCGCUGGAAGUUCCUAAGUCUUCCAUCCUGUUAGCACAACAACAAAUGGAAGAUCAACCUGUCGAAGGCUUAUAA